CUCACUCUGUCUCCGGCAUGUUUUUCUAAAAUAAAAUUUAGUCUUCUUAACCUAACCUAACUCUUAAUUUCUGUGUUAAAGUGUUAAAUAUUAAUACAAUUUUUAGUUUAAAACAAUAAUCUAUAAGACGUUAUUAAUUUUUGCUGGUUUUUCGGAGUCUUUAGUGUAUUAAUAAUCAAAUGUUUCACGAAUAACCGAGGAGUAAGUGCUGGUUGACAAGAAUAUUUGAAGUAUAAUGGCUGGAAAGUGUUGUAGGUCUAUCCAGUCUUUUAGCUCUUCGUUGUUUAAAAGUAAAAGGUGUACUAAUCAACAGCUGAAGGGUUGUCAGUACUCUUCCAGCUCACAACAGCCUGGAGGACCAACUUUGACCAAAUCUAUAUCUUUUCAACAACCAUCCCUGAGCACACCACUACCAGGUUUACCUUUAGCAAAGUAUGCUUCUCACAAAGAAGACAACCAAAGUACACAGAUCACAGUGCUACCUUCUGGACUGAAGAUUGCUUCAGAAAACCGAUUUGGCCAGUUUUGUACUGUUGGUGUGGUAAUUGAUUCUGGCUCUCGCUAUGAAGUGGCAUUUCCCAGUGGAAUCUCUCACUUUUUAGAAAAAUUAGCAUUUAAUUCAACAGAAGAGUAUAAGAACAAAGAUGAAAUAAUGCAAGCUUUGGAAAAACAUGGAGGAAUAUGUGAUUGCCAGUCAUCCAGAGAUACUUUUGUUUACGCUGCUUCUGCUGAUGUUCGUGGCCUCGAAGCAGUUAUAAAAAUUCUUGGAGAUGUUGUUUUCCGUCCUCAGUUAUCCUUAGAUGAGGUUGAUAUAGCUCGUCAAACAAUUCAGUUUGAACUGGAAACCUUGCUUACCAGGCCAGAACAAGAAACAAUACUUAUGGACAUGGUUCAUAGUGCUGCCUAUCGCAACAACACUCUCGGUUUGCCUAAGAUCUGUCCUGAGAGUAGUCUGAGUAAGAUUGAUUCCAAUACACUUCUGACUUACCUCAAGAGCCAUCAUACUCUAUCGAGAAUGGUAGUUGCUGGAGUGGGUGUUGAGCAUCAAGCGCUUGUUGACUUCGUUACAAAAUAUUUUGUUGAAUUAAAGCCGAUGUGGGAUCAGAAUUCUUCAAUACAACAAGUAAAAGUUGAUGCCUCAGUAGCCCAGUUCACUGGAGGAAUCGUACAGGAGGAAUGCGAAAUCCCACAGUAUGCAGGACCUUCUGGACUACCUGAACUGGCUCAUGUCGUGGUUGCAUUGGAAGGCAUGUCUCACCAGGACCCAGAUUUCAUCCCCGCAUGUGUGCUCAACAUGAUGAUGGGAGGUGGUGGAUCUUUCAGUGCAGGAGGGCCUGGGAAGGGCAUGUACACUCGGCUCUACACUAACGUUCUUAACAGAUACCAUUGGAUGUACAAUGCCACGGCAUACAACCAUGCGUAUGCUGACACAGGGCUGUUCUGUAUCCAUGCAAGUGCAACGCCGGCUCAUGUCCGGGACAUGGUGGAUGUGCUGACUAGAGAGAUCGUGGCUAUGGCUGGUCCUACUGGUGACAAAGAAUUGAGGAGAGCUAAGACUCAGCUCCAGUCGAUGUUACUGAUGAAUCUGGAGGCACGACCAGUUGUGUUUGAGGACAUUGCCAGACAAGUGCUUGCAACGGGACAUCGAAAAAGACCAGAAGCAUUCAUGGAAUUAAUAGAGAAAGUGACAAGUGAUGACAUCAGUCGAGUGGCUCAGCGAAUGUUGCGGUCCCAACCAGCUGUGGCAGCCAGGGGCAAGGUGCAGAAGAUGCCAGCUCUUGCUGACAUUCAGACAGCGCUACUCAACAAGGAAGGACGCUUGCAGAAUGCCCGAUCCAGGCUAUCCCUCUUUAGAUAAUUUUACUAAAUUAUCACCACAUUUUUCCUUCCAUUACUUUUCUAGUCUCUUGUCUCUAUUACUGGUUGUAAAGAAUGCAAUAUAACUCAAAUUAAACAACUUUCUUUAUUUUUAAA